AUGCGUGUUUUCCUCUUCCAGACUGCGAAGGGUCUCUCAAGCUCAUCUGGUGGCUACAAAGCGAACCUGUCAUUGUUAAAGUAUCUGGCUCAUCGUAAACAUACUACAGCUCAAAUUUGCUAUGUGUGGGACAGCGACAUCGAGGCCUACUGUGACGAAAUGAUUGCGACUGGCCCGAAACCCGACCUCGAAACUCGGGUUAUAUCGAUGCCAGUGGAUGAAUGUUUUGAGGCUCACAUAAGGACUUACAUGUUCACCGAUGAUGAUAGAGUAAAGAACAUUGCUAUCAAUGCUUCCGACCUCAUGGACGCCUUCCUGACAAAGUUUUGGCCCGCGACACUGCCAGAUUAA